AUGUAUAUCAUAGGAUUGACGGGAUCCAUUGCUACGGGGAAAACAACGGUUUCCAAGCAGUUUCAUGAGAAAUAUCAUGUUCCUGUAAUUGACGCUGAUAUCCUUGCAAGGAAAGUAGUAGAGCCGGGAACGAAAUGUCAACGACGAAUUCAAAAAGAAUUUGGCCAACAAGUGAUUCUUCCCGACGGCCAUUUGAAUCGACCUGAGCUUGGAAAGAUCAUUUUCGAAACUCCAUCCAAACGCAAGCUCUUGAAUUCAAUUGUUCAUCCUGCCGUUAGAAAGGCCAUGCUGAAAGACUUAUUUUACUACUACAUAACGGGUCAUGGCAUGGUAAUCCUCGAUGUCCCGCUGUUAUUUGAAGCAAAAAUGCACACCAUAUGUUGGAAAACUAUCUGUGUUGCAUCUACUAUGGAAAUACAAAAAAGGCGAUUGCUAAAACGAAAUCCCGAAUAUUCUUCUGAAGACGCUGACCGCCGUAUUCAUUCUCAAACUCCCAUUCAAGAGAAGGAAUUCCUUGCUGACUAUGUCAUUGAUAAUAAUUCCGAUUUCAAUUCUCUCUCUAGAAACAUUUGUACAACCUUUGUCGCAAUCCAGCCUUCCAUCGUAUGGACUCUAGCAUGCCUUCUCAUACCUAUCCUGCAAGUUUUUAUGCAAUUCUAUAAUUAUAGUCGUCAAAUACGAAAAGCAAGGAACCAGAAGAAGGUCCACCUGACCCAAUAA